GAUACAAAUUUACUCAUUUUUAUGUUGAAAAAAAAAACAAUUAUUGCUACUUUUUAAUUUAACACUUAAAAGGUUUAAUGGGCGAUCGUCAAUUCGUUUGCUUUAUCGACAUGGACGACAUGGUGACUUUUGCUUCAUCAUCAGCAUCAUCAUCAUCUCAGCCAUAGGACGUCCACUGCUGAACAUAGGCCUCCCCCUUAGAUCUCCACAGAUACCUGUUAGAUUGACUUUUGCUUAGAUAUUUUUAAAAUGAUGCUAUGUUUUGGCACUAGUUAAUAUUCUGUUGUAGAAAGAUUAUCAUUAGGUUAGGUUUGGUUAUUCAUUGCUAUAUAAAUGGUGUUGAUACUUGUAACUUAACUGUUCGUGAUCAACCACUUACGGCUCUGAGGCAUCUGUUCCUGGGUCUCAUGUGAUUUCAGGCUUGUCUGUCUAUUAGUCUAUACUAAUAUUAUAAAAAGGAAAACUUUGUUUGUUUGUUUGUUUGGUUGUAAUGGAUAAACUCAAAAACUACAGGUCCGAUUUUAAAUAUUCUUUCACCAUAAGAAAGCUAUAUUAUCUGCGAGUAACGUAGGCUAUAUUUUAUCCCGGUGCGGGCAGUAGUUAUACAUAAUUUUGUAUGUUGAGUAGGAAUGUAGAUAUAUUCACGAAUUUGCAAACUAAUCGAUUCGAGAAGUCGACGUUUCAAUUAAUAUAUCUCCAUUGGACUUCACUAAUUUUUAAAGAUUUAUAUGGAUGACAUUUGUUUGACAAAUAAUCAACUUGUUGGACUUGAAUGAAAAAGCCUAAAAACAAGGAAAAGCCUAAAAUUCGUAGUCUUUUCGACCCUCGAUAAAAUCUUUAAACUGAUCUGGUUGAUAUAACAAUCGUAUUUGUUUUGUUAAUACAUUCAUAACAUUAAAUUGCAUUACUAAUUAAUGAAGCCAUGGGUAAAAGAUAUAUUUGUGAUUAUUGUGACAAGACAAUGGUAGCUGCCCCCGCUAUAGUAAGGACACAUAACAAUGGACUAAUUCAUCAGAAACUAGUGCAAGAACAUUAUCAACAAUUCAAGGACCCAGAAACAAUAUUGGCAGAAGAAAGCAAAAAGAAACCAUGUUUAAGAUUCAGCAAAGGGGAGUGUAAUUUUGGUGGUGUUUGUCGUUUUUCACAUUAUACUCCAGAACAGCUGCAAACGCUCAGAGAAUAUGUUGCAUCAAAAAAUAUGCCCAAAGAUGUAAUAUUUCCAUCAUUCCAAGAGUUAUUCAACAAACUUCUGGAUGAGAGAUCCAAUAGACCACAGGACAACAAUGAGAAUACCAUCAUGUAUGACAAUAAUGGUGUUACCCAUGUCUUCCCGUGGACUUAUAAUGGUGUUCUCGAUAGCUAUGGGGAUAAUUUACCGCCAAGUGUUAAGAGAAUGAAGAUUGAAGAUUUUGCUGGUGGUAGAAUUGAGUCUUGGGGUUGAUCGAGGAAAGCUACACUAAACGUCACUGUGAAAGAAAAUGCCACAGAUAUCCUACCUUCACUAGAAGCGGUACAAAAACCAUUUGAAGACAAGAACAAUACCAUUCUAAGUAAUACACCAAUUACCAAUGGUUAUACAAACAAUACCUCAGAUUAUGAAGAAUCAGACAACUCUGGAGUUAUAGAUAACGAGCCACUUCCAGACCAAAAAAAUAUACUCCGAUGGCUUCCAAAAAAAAAGCGGGACCCCAGAGUUAGUAAGGCUCGUAAUGACGAAAAACUGGCUCGAGAAAGAUUGGAACGCGCUAAGCAAAGAGCGAAAGACCUCCAUGCAGAACGCAUUGCUUACGUCACAUCCGUCAUGAAAGACAACUACUGGACAACUCUAUACCUCUAUGGGGAAUUAAGAAGGAUCCUAACAACGGGAGAAAUUGUCGAUGACAUAAGAGCUCUCAUACAAACGUUAGAAUCAUCACAUCGUAAUAAAGAUUUGAAGGAAAAAGUUUUGAAAUGUUACAGAGAUGGGAAGAAAACUUUAGGUCAUCAUGUUUGGGGUGGCAAUAAUAAUUUAGUUAUACAUUCUCUCAAAGACCCGAUGAAUGAUGGUGUUAAAUAAAAUUGUUGUUUUGGUCCAUCGACCUACUAUA